GUUGACAAAAUACAAUGGUGAAACUUCUUUCUGUGCGUGCGCAUGUUAGUUGAUCUCUCCAUUGUGUAUUUCGGUUGUAAAACUCAAAAAAAGUGUGUUGAGUUGAGUUUGUUCUCCUCCGCCUUGCUUUUUGUGAUUUUGCCCCGAAAUAGUGUUACACAGUAUUGCGAAAGGACGCUUUUAUUGUUAUUUAUGAACAGUGACUCAAAAUGCCUAAGUUGUGCGCUUUUGGAUGUGUUCCCAGUGGUAUCCCAAUGCAUCGUUUUCCUAAUGCUAAUAAAUGCCUUGAGCGUUUUAAAGCUUGGGUUAAACUAGUUGGUGGCAAACUAACCACAGCAUCUGAUUAUGAGCAUUACCAGAAGAAAGUGAUCUGUGACAUUCAUUUUACUGAACAAGAUAGAAACCGGAAUAAACGGCUUAAUGCAUUGGCUGUUCCGUCACUUAAUCUUAGAGAAGAAUCUGCCACAAAAUGUGAUAACAGUAUUAUCAUUCAACCUGCAACAUUGGAAGCUCCAAAUACAGAACAAUCUGCAGGGAGUUCCAGCAACAAGCUUAUCGAGCAAUCGUCAACUUCCAAUGCUUCAAAUACAGACAUUGUAUUCGUAUCAAAUAUGAUGCAGGAGCAUAAUUAUAGCACAACUAGCAAAUCAAUGAGGAAAUCAUUUGAAAAAGGUUCCAAGGUCUCAGCAUCGUAUGACAUCAUCCAGAUGAAACCCUUUUCAAGAAAAAUCAAGCAUCUGCAAACAGAAAUAAGCUGUUUGAGGAAAAAAACAAAGUCUUUUAAAGCCAGACUGGCAAGUGCAACAAAAUUGCACAAUGAUGUAGCAUUUCAACAUGUCAUUAAGAAUAUGAGGACACCUGCGCAAUUAUUUGUGCAUAUGCAAUUACAGGGUAUGAAAAAACCUAAGGGCAGACGGUUUACACUCGAAGAGAAAAUACUUGCCUUGUCACUGUAUAAAAAAAGUCCAAAAGGCUACUCCUUAUUAUAUAAAUAUUUUACAUUGCCCUCAUCAAAAGCAAUGAAACGUUUACUAAGCAGCAUAAAACUGUGCCCCGGUAUAAAUCCCAUUUUAUUAAAAAAAAUUAAAGAGACCGUCCUUGAAAAGGAAAUUCCUGACAGAUUAUGCAGCCUUAUAUUCGACGAAAUGUCUUUGACACCCCAGAUCUUUUUUGAUAAGGCAAAAGAUAAAAUUGAAGGGUUUGCCACAUCGAAAAGUACAAAAUUUGCUGAUCAUGCUCUUGUUUUUAUGAUAAAGGGCUUAAAACAAAAUUUUAAACAGCCUGUAGCUUAUUAUUUUACAAGUGGCCUUCAAAAAAUUGAAAUGAAAAUCCUCAUUAAAUCUGUUGUGACAGAACUUCUAAAAAGUGGCCUUAUUAUUCUUAACACUGUGUGUGACCAAGGUCCUGUUAAUGUAAGCGCAAUAACAGAAUUAAUUAGUGACACUAGACAGUCAUUUAUAAAAGAAGGCAAAGAAUGGCGACAUGACAUGUUUUCCGUAAAUGGGCACGAAAUAAUACCUUUAUAUGAUGUUCCUCAUCUAAUAAAAGGUAUUCGAAAUAAUUUGAUUACCAAAAAUAUGAUUUAUAAUUAUAAGAACGAAAGUAGAUUAGUAAAGUGGGAUUAUUACCAGCAGGUUUAUGCAGCAGAUAAAGCGCGUGGAGAGCUACGUUUGCUUAAUAAAAUUACUGAAGAACACAUUAAUCCCGAAAAAAUUAACAAAAUGAGGGUUAAAUCUGCUACACAGAUUUUCAGCCACAGUAUGGCCGUGGUUACCGACCAUUUGGUGGCCAGAGGACACCUGCCUGCAGAAUGCAAUAAUUUAGUAGAUAUAACUCUUUUAAUUGAUAAAAUAUUUGAUAGCCUUAAUGUCAGCACAUUUAAUAUACCCAAUGGUAAAAUUUACAAAGGAGCAAUUAGAAAAAAUUCACCGCACCAUGAACUAUGGAUGAAAGCAAAAGUGACACUAAAGUCAAUAAAAUUUUUGCAAAAAAAAGUAUCUGGAAAUAAAAUACGGUUAGUGGAAACAAGUGUACCAUCUGUAACAAAUUUAAUAAAAACGAUUAAUGGCAUGGAAGCAAUUUGCAAAAUUUUAUUUGAGAAAUAUGGUUAUGAUGCAGUAUUAAGCAGAAAUUUUAAUCAGGACCCAGUUGAAAAUUUCUUUGGGAACAUCAGGAGCUAUGGAGCGAGAAAUAAUUCUCCAAAUACAAUGUCUUUUGAGGGGGCAUUCAAAGCCUUAUUGUUAAAUAAUUACAAUUUACCACACUCUAAAAGAGCUAACUGUGAAGAAGACGUAAAUGAAUGCCUCCAGAGUCUACAUUUUUUUUUAAAGCAAAAUAAAGAUGCUCCUGUUGCUUCCACUGGGGACAAUAAUAUUCCUUUAAACGAAAAUUUAAUAAACGAUUUUGUUCUUGAACCAGACGUGGGGCAAAGAAAUUACGUAUGUGGCUGGGUCUUGACUAAAUGUUUAAAAAAUAUUGUAAAAUCUUGUAAAAGCUGCAGAAAUUCUAUGUUAGACUUCAAAAAUAAAAAUGAAAUUAAUAAUACUUUCAUUAAAGCGAAGGAAUAUGAAAAAAAAAAAUGGUUAUGCUAUCCAAAUGAAGCAAUGCAAAAUUGUUUCCAUGAUAUACAAAAUAUAACGAAUUCGUUUUUAAAAAAAGAUGUGCCAAUUAAUAAUACAAAAAGAAAUAUAAAAACUGUUACAAAUCUAUUAGUCAAUUUCCCCAUUUUUUGCAGUAAACAUGGGGAAAGGUGUAAAGAAUAUAUUACGGAUAUAUCUAUAUGCUUGAUAAUAAACAGUUGGUGUAGAUCCAUUAACCGUAUUUUAAGUGGAAAAAUAACAUACAAAGAAUCGGACGAUGACACUAAAAUUGCGGCGCAAAUAUAUUACAACAAACAUAAAAAAUACAAAAAUAAAAAAUAAUAAAAUC